AUAUGGGAGCAAGAAUCUUUCUUGGCUUAGUUGCCCUACUAGCUCUUCUAUCGAGUCAUGUACAUGCGUACAGGGAUACUCGAGAUACCGUUUACAUUUCUUCCUUGGUUACCCAAGGAGAAAGAACUCCAAUCUUCACAGGAAAUGCUGAGUACCAGGUUACUGGUCACAACUAUGACCAAGGACCAGGAAGAAUUACUGUCACCGGAGAGAAGACUCUUUCUGCAAGAGGUGCACAGUUAAGAAAUGAUUACGGAAGCGGACAAUUCUUGGAUACCAACUACCUUCCAGAGGAAAUUUUCGUUAGAGCCAUCAAUGAUCAGCAAUCAAUCAUUGGUGCCUACGCUUACUUGUUAGGACUCUAUCCAGAUACUGUAAACGGGAUUACUCUUGAAUCUGACAUUGAGGCUGUUCAAAAUGUUCCUGUUAAGGACUUCGAUGUCAACCAAGUCAGAGGAAACAUUAGAUUGGGAAAACCAAACUCCGAUACCUCUCAAGCCCGCCUCUACCCAGGAAACCCAGACGCUUUGUUCUUGACCCAGCUUAGUAAGACAUACCCGGGAAUCACUCAGAAAUUGGAUCAACAACUUUUCAAUGCCAAGGUUGAAUACGAAGAGACUCACGGAACUAGAUUCUAUGAAGAUUUUGCUAGAGCCAUUCAUAAGCCAGUUGAUAACGUAGACUUCUACAGUAUCUUCAGAUACGCUGAUGACAUUUUGACUACUAAGGCUAACGGAGAAGCUUCUGCUGUCAAUCUCGACAGAGACUUGAUGAAUCAGUUAACUGUCUACUAUGGACAUUACUUUGGAAAUGGAGUCUUCAGAGAUGAAGCACUUACCAGAGCUUUUGCCCAUCCAUAUCUUUCCAGUGUUGCUCAUGAACUUGAAAUGAAGAUGGAAGACGACCAAACUGGGAAAUACAACAACUAUGGAAUCCAUGAUUUGAAGCAUACCGUCUAUUUGGGAAAUCACCUCACCCUUCUUGCUGCCUUGCACUUGUUCAAUGAGGUUGAAGACUACCAUGUAGAUUUCAAUGACGAGCUUAGAUUCCAACUCUUCAAGAAGGAUGGAAAGUACUAUGUAAGAACCCUCCUCAACGACAGACCAUUGAGACUUGAAGGAACUGCUGAUACUAACGGAGAAGCCGAAUGGUCAGCUUUCAGAGAUUACAUCUGCUCUAAACUUUACUACGGAAACCUCGAAAAAGUAAGAAAAGGGCAGGAAAAUCCAGCUGAAUUUGUUAGACUUAGAGACUCUUGUGAUAACUUCUUGAACAAUCACUUCUACAAAAACGAUAAGGUCUUGCUCCAAGAACACGAGAGACCACCAGUACUCCCAGAUCCACCAACUGAAGUUCCAAAACUUGAGACUGAACCAAGAUCAGAGACUGCUCCAUCUGUUUUGAUUAACAACAUGGAUGAAGGAGUAAGAAGCCAGAGCGUUGAUAUCAAUGCAGGAAGAACCUCCCAAGUUGUCCAAUAUGCAUGGAACAAGCCAAUUAAGUUGCCACAAACCCAAUGGGCUGAAUUCGAUCUCCCAAUGAAGAAAGCAUUCUCCUUUGAGAAUUUGUCAAAGAAAGAUGUCAGAUUGAACCAAUACAGAAAGAUCAAGAUUGAGAAGACAGUCAACAAAGAGAUCAAUCUUGCAGAAAGACACGAAUUCAACUUUGGACACGAUAUGCUCAAGACCAGAGAAGUUGAAUUCAACAAUGUUGACUUCAUCAGAAUCCCACAAAUGACUGAAAAGACUCUCUACUUAGCUGAUAAGCAUCAGUUCAACUGGGGAGAGAACCCAUCUCUGACUACCAAGAAGCUCCAGUUCAACCACUACUUCAAGAUUAAGAUCCCUCAGACCACCUCCAAGCCAUUCUCUCUUCCAGAGAGACAUACUUUCAACUACAACUCCAACUCCCUCGACGUCAGGAAGGUAAACUUCGACCACAUCAAGAGUGUUAGAGUAAAACAGGCUGAAACUUACGAUGUCAACCUCAAAGACUUCAGAUUCGAAAGCUUGAAGAAGGACCAGGCUCCAACCGCCAGCCACGCCACUGCCGUUGACACUAACUUCAACAACAACCCUAUUCCAAAGAUCGACGAGAAGGAUCCUAACUCAGGCUCUAAGGUUUCUUUGGGAGGGAACGUAAAAACUGUUCCUGACUAUGUUGCCCCUAUCAGGAUCAAACAGGAGUAUAACCCAUUCGGAGUUCAUACCACUGCUGAUAAAAAAACUAACACCGAUUCUUCCUUAAAACCAGCUGCUGAUCAGCCUAAGGACGAAGUUCCAGAAUAUGUUCCUCCAUCAAAAGAAACCCCAGAAAGAGGAUCUCCUUAUCCUGAGUACACUCCUCAACAAGAAUAUCCUGCAUACACUCCAAGCUCUAGCACCCAACAACAAACGGACACUCAAAAGUCGACUAACACCCAGCAACAGACUAGCACCCCGCAGCAGACUAGCAACCAACAGCAGACUACACAACAACCAGCAACUCAGCAGGUCCAAAGACCCCCAACUCAACAGGAGUACCAACAGUACCAACAGCAACAACAGCAACAACAGUACCAACCCUACCAAACACCUACUCAACAACAAUACCAACAGUACCAAAGACAACCAGCGAGAGCUCAGACUAGCACUCAGGUCGGUACUCAGUCCGGUGCCCAAACCAGCACCCAGGCAAGCUACCCUGCUUACAGAACCCAGAACACCGCCAGAACCUACAGAUAA